AUGAGACUACUUCCAUAUCUCGCUCUUGUCUUAGGGACCCUGCCUCCCACCAUCGCUGUUGAUCAGAAGAAGUCGGCUAUUAUCUACUUCGACGACACAGUUCCCGAUUCCAUCUUGGCGGAGGCAAAGUCAUCUAUUGUCGCAGCAGGCGGGAAGAUUACUCAUCAUUAUACUCUCAUAAAAGGGUUUGCGGUCAUUGCGCCGGAGAAGGCUCUGGAGACUGUUCAAGCUUGGGGCACUCAGCAUUCAAUGAAGGAAACCUUGGGCGAGGCUCAAAACAUGGUGUUAAGCACGGCAACCUUGUAUCUCAUGUUUGUAUUAUUUCGCAUUUCGCGACACGACGGCAAGGGCGUGGGGAUCUUUCUCUGA